AACAUGUGACUCUGCCUCUCUUCCUUGUCACAUGAGUUUGGUCCAACGCUGCAAAUUUGCUUGCACUCCAGUGAUUUUGGGAUAAAGGUGAAACAAUGGCCAGCAACAAAUACAAGACCAUAGUGCAGGGAGAGGCAUCUGAGACAGAUUCAGACGAAGAGGUUUACAUCACCUCCCUUCCCUCAGCUCCGCCAUCCGGCCUUAAAGUGCCUGGAGAGGCUUCCGAAACAGAUAGCGAUGAAGAGAGUGAGAAAGUGACAAGUCUGGGGGAAGAGAAGGAACCCCAGCAGCCAGUCCAUACAGGCUUGCCACCGCUGAUACUGAUCAGGAGCCCUGCAGAUUCCCCAGCCGUCGCUGAAGAAAAGCCAGCUUUAAGAUUUGAACAAGGCGGCCGCUGCGGCAGCACAACCUUGCUGCAGCAAAAGCUACAGGAGAGCAACUCCCGACUGUACUGCGAUGUCACGACAGCAGUAAAGCAGGUCUAUCAGCAUGCCUCCAGAGAGAUCCGCAUGACUACCGGCCACCUCAACAACUCCCAGAACAGUAUCAUCAACGCCUCACACAGCAUCCGGCUCAGCCUGGACGACCUGAAGUCUGUCUCUGACAAAAUGGACAUCAUCACCAGCUGCAACCUGCUGCCCGAUAUUAAGAUCGAAACUCCUGUGAGCUCACAAGCCAAUUAAGUCAUUUGCACCCACCAGUUACUGUGUUUUAUAGGUAAAGAUGUUGAUCUGAAUAAAGUGCGUCCCCAGCAGUGAGUCAGCUAGUAAAGUCUCUGCCCACUUUGCAUCUGUUUUGCCAUUUCUCGUACACUCUGAUGACCAGUGUUUUCGAACAGCCUACCUACAUGACUGCCCUUGCUACUGUCUUGCUGCUUUCCCCAUUUCUGGUAGACUAUUUGCAAUUGCAAUCGGGCGAUGCCAAAUCAAGUUGGGUAGACAGUUAUAAAAACAGUGACAAACCAUGUAUAUUGUACAUAAUAUUCAUAUUUAAAAUGCCCUGUUAAAAGUUUUUUUUUUUUUUUUUUUUUUUUAAUCUGCAGUUUGCUGUUUUUAUUUGAUUUGACCCUUCAUGGUAUAUCUAAGUGAUUACUAUUGUGCACAUCGAGUGUACAAGAAUAUAACAGGCUUCUAAGUGAGGGGAAAUAAAUUGGAGGCGACUGGUAUGUUUUUUUUUUUUUUAGCACAGUUGUCUACCGUUGCAAAUCAAAGUUCCUUGAUGUUAUAGCUGCUUUAUGAAGAGUGUUUUGGCUUUUUUAAAGGUCUUGGAUUUUGAAACAAAGUCAGUUGUGCUUUUUGGCACAGUGUCUGGUGUGGAAUAAUAACUAGUACAUGAUUCUGCUCGAUCUAAACAUUUCUGUCUGCUUUGGUAUUAAUUCAGCACAGCUUAGACAUCUGAGUGAACAUUAAUGUUUUGCAUCUCUUUUAAUUCCAUUAGCAAUAUUAUAACUAAAUAUUAAAACCCUUUCUUUGGUUACUACACCAGAUCUCUUUCUGAUUGCGUCAUUGGAUUGAGACUGCCCUACAUAUAAAUAUAAAAUAAAUUAUAUAUAUAAUUAAAUAUCACACUUACUGCGAGCGCUGGGAGAAGGGGUUAAACAUUCCUUUGAAAGGGAUUAAAGACACUACUGGGGAGACUAAUACAUGAUGAUCAACAUGAAAGGAAAGCAUGAUGGACCCCUGCAAGGCAUGUACACACAUGAAGGACGUUUUGAUAUACAGUAGCAUUAAUUUUUCAAAACAGUGGUCUCAACAGUAAGCGAAGUGGUGGCUAACAAAGGGCAA